UAUUGCAAGCAACACUUGUAAAUAAAGCGCCCAAUCCCCGGGCAACGCAAAGUGGUCCUAAGGAGUGUAACUUAAGCUGCUCUGAAAGCGAAAACAAUUUUUUCCCCCGGCUCAGCUUGCCUCGAGCAGCCUGGAUCGCCAGCCCAGAUGGAGAUACACUGUAAGCACGACCCGUUUGCAGCGAUGCAUAGACAUGGAGGAGUGAAUCAAUUAGGGGGUGUUUUUGUGAAUGGUCGGCCGCUGCCUGAUGUUGUUCGCCAAAGGAUUGUGGAACUUGCCCAUCAAGGUGUCCGACCUUGUGACAUCUCCAGGCAAUUGCGAGUCAGCCAUGGCUGCGUCAGCAAAAUUCUUGGCAGGUAUUACGAGACUGGAAGCAUUAAGCCUGGAGUUAUUGGAGGUUCAAAGCCAAAGGUUGCCACGCCCAAAGUAGUAGAAAAAAUUGCAGAAUAUAAACGCCAAAACCCCACCAUGUUUGCUUGGGAGAUCAGGGACAGACUUUUAGCAGAAAGAGUGUGCGAUAAUGACACAGUGCCCAGCGUUAGUUCAAUUAACAGGAUUAUUCGGACAAAGGUGCAGCAACCACCUAACCAGCAAGUCCCAGCCUCAAGUCAUAGCAUAGCCUCCACAGGGUCUGUGACGCAGGUGUCUUCAGUAAGCACAGACUCAGCUGGCUCCUCCUACUCGAUUAGUGGAAUUCUGGGAAUUACUUCUCCCAGUGCUGAAAGCAACAAACGCAAAAGAGAGGAAGGUAUUCAGGAAUCUCCUAUACCAAAUGGCCAUUCGCUUCCGGGUCGAGACUUCCUUCGGAAACAAAUGCGGGGAGAUCUUUUCACUCAGCAACAAUUAGAAGUAUUGGAUCGAGUUUUUGAAAGACAGCAUUAUUCCGACAUCUUUACGACAACUGAGCCCAUCAAACCAGAGCAGUCAACAGAAUAUUCAGCCAUGACAUCACUAGCUGGUGGAUUAGACGAAAUGAAGGCCAAUUUAACAAGCCCUACAUCAACAGAUAUAGGUGCCAGUGUCCCAGGACCACAAUCAUAUCCUAUUGUGACAGGUCGUGAUUUGGCAAGCACAACCCUCCCUGGAUACCCUCCACACGUCCCCCCUGCUGGACAGGGCAGCUACUCUGCUCCAACGCUGACAGGGAUGGUGCCUGGGAGUGAGUUUUCUGGAAGUCCGUACAGUCACCCACAAUAUUCAACAUACAAUGAUUCCUGGAGAUUUCCUAACCCUGGAUUGUUAGGUUCUCCUUACUAUUACAGUGCUGCAGCCCGUGGAGCCGCGCCCCCAGCAGCUGCUGCUGCUUAUGAUCGUCACUGACAAAACAAACCAAGAAGCACAUUCACCACAUCACGUCAGACGACACCACUGGAAUCAUCUAGAGUGCAACUACUGAAAUCAAGCUAUAAGGAACGAUAAGAGAAAUUGUCCAACCAACCCAUGCAAUGAUUAGAAUAUUAUUAUUUCAGCUAGGUGAACAGCUUAUUACUUCACUGUUUUUAAUUAAUGGACUUUUUAGAGAUCUUCAUUGAAUUUUCCAUUAAAAAAAACAGGGCAAACAAAGAAUUAGUUAUGCUCACCUUUCCUGCAGUUUGUGAAAUGCAGUAGCCAUGUCUAACAUGCGGUUUUCUUGCUUUGGACUGACAAGCUAUAUCUAGUUCCUUUAGCCAUGUUGGGGAAUAGGAACGUUUCUAAUGUUGAACAAUUCCCUAUGGGGUAUCUCUUUAAUGUGUGCAUUGUAAUACAACAUGUAGUUCCAGCUUGGACAGCACGAAUUCGGUCUUAAUUCAGUGAGUGGGCAUUAAAGACAAAAGAAAAACGAAUGUUCUACUCAAACAGCAAAGCACCAAUGUAAAUAACUUCUUUGUGUUACUAUAGAGUGGUUUAGCAUAAGUCAAAUACAUGGAACAAAGGAUGAUCUUAAAAUACAUUGGAAAAAUGUGUUCUGAUAAUGGUGCACUGAUUCUAAAACUUCAGUAAGCUUUAAAACAACUCUAAACCAGGUUAACAUUAACUGGCCAUUUCUGGGGCUGAUGUUCUUUCUAGAAAUGCUAUUCUGACAGUCAGGUGAGCAUUUGGUAAUGAAACUAUGAGCCUAUUACCACCGUUUUAACUGUUGACUAUUAUGUUUAUUUUUAAUCGCAAACAAUGAUAUCGUUUUUGACUUUAAGUUCAUCUCACUAUAAAAGAAGAAAUUCCAAAUGACCAAAAUCUUAUAUACAGUGGUACCUUGGUACUUGACUGCUUCAAAACUCAUCAAAUUUGGUACUCAAUGCAUUUUGAGUCAAAAAUGUUGUCCCAGUAUAUUUGUUGUUUGUUUGGUACCUAAUGUGCUGUGAUGGAAAAGGGGGACAGCCAUGGAGAAUGGACAGGAAGUUGGCCAUGCCAAGAAAGUUGCUGCAAAAUGAAGAGGGAGAUGGCCACAUAGGGUGGACAGGAAGUCAGCAGUUCUGGGAAGUUCUUUUAGGCUGAAUCAAAGGAUCAUGUGAUAAGUCACAUGGUUUUUUGGGGACUUGUCAUUUUAAGUUUUUGUUGUGCUUCCUGGAACCAAUUAAUGAUGAAUACCAAAGUACCACUGUACAUGGGAAAGAAACGCUUAUACACAAUGAAGUAAAGUUAUUAUCUCCCAAGGUAGAAUUUGGGGUUUUUUUUUCUCUUCAAAAAGAAUAAUUUGAGUUUCUCAAAUCUUAAUAAAGUAGUUUUCAUACAGUUUCAAGAUGAGAGGUUGACAAAGGUCAGGGUUAUAUCAUGACAUGGGCUAUUUAUAAGAAAAAUUUCAAGACUCUCCUAAAGUUCCUCAGCUGUAACUGACAUAAUUUUACUAAGAAUAAUUUAAGUGUAUUAAUAGUGUGGUUUUCUUAUCCUGGGAUAAAAAGAAAGGAUUAGUAUUUCUAUGCUUUAACA